GCUACCAUCGAAAACUCAGUCUUCAAAAGAUCCAGCUCGUAGUCCGUUAGCUCUAGCUCUUCGCAAAAAAAAUAAUUAAUCCAGAGAUUUAAUUAACGAAUAAUUAGUAACAAUGGCUGGUGUUUAUCGUCAGCUUAUCAGCUCUCUCAAGCCUGAUGCUCAAAACACUCUAGUAAUUGGAGUGAUAAUUACCAGCCAGAAUCCUCGAACUUUUGAUCAUCAAGACAAAAAUCGCUCUGGACAAAGAUCUGUUUGGACAUUCACUUUGCGCGACUCAGUUGCCAACACGAUCAAUGUAACUGUCUGGGGCAGUCCAGAUUACAUCAACAAACUCAGUGCUGCAUUUCGCAUUGGCAGUGUCGUUGAUGUGAUCAAUGCCAAGGUCCAGGAGCGAAAGCUAGGUGAUAAGAACGAAGCCUUUAUCCCCUCGGCGACCAGUCUCUGCAGCCUGACCGUCAACGAAGGAGUCUCCUUGAUCCAGAAUCAUGACGGUUCUGACCGAAAUGAGUAUGAAAAUUUGCUGAGCGUCCCCACGAAAAGUGUAUCAGGUGUUCGAAGUCUCCAAUACAUUAUGGAAAAUAUGGAGGCACUGAUAGACCAGUACUUUGAUAUUAUUGUGGUCGUUACUUUCGUUGGGGAAUCAAAAAAUAUAAUGACCAGAGAAGGACGUUCGAUGGUAACUCGUGACUUUGAAGUAACUGAUGAUUCCUAUCCCGGCACAGUGGCUUUGAAAUUUUGGGAAAACGACUGGGUCCAGAGAUCUGGUGAUUGGGAGCCCAAACGUACCGUUCUAUUUAUUGCUGACAUUCAAGUUGCUUUUGACAGAUUCAAGAAGAAAAAUACGAUUCUUAUAACGAGAAAAACUUUAAUUACGGAGAAUCCAAAUACACCCAAAGCAGAAAUCGUCAGAAACUCCAUCAAGACUGAGUCCGAGUACAUGCCCAAUGAUCCAUUCAUUGUUCCUAGAACUGAAACAAUUAGAAAUAUUAUGACAAUAAAAGAAAUAACUCAGAGACUCAAUGCAAAUAUAAUGCGUGAUAGCGAGAGGGUUCAAUUUGUCACCGUUUUAUUUGGACAAGUUACAGAAAUGAAUCUAGAUGAUGUCAAUACUCCAGUAUUAGUUACACGAUGCGCGUUGUGCAAACGUCUAGUAGCUGGACCCGAUGAGUCGUGUAUGAACUUGAACUGCGCUUGCGGAAACGGAAGACGUCCAGUGCAAAAUAUCCUAAAUUUUUAUAUAAAAGUUAAUCUGAAAGAUGAAACCGGUUAUUUGGUUGGCUGUCGUUUGAGCGGCGAAGUCGCGGAAAAAACUCUCGGCUGUACUCCCGAUGAAUUCAAAGCAAUGACAUUCGAACAACGCAGCGCUUUAAAUUGGAAAUUUAAGCUGGAGCAAGUCGAAGCCAAGCUCCAAGUCAUUGGUCCGUCAGCAAGCUUCCCAAGAUCACUCUACAAUAUUUUGUUUCUCAAACGUAUUCGUGACGUCAUAAAUUCUCAAGAAAAUUUUGACGACGACACCGCUGAUGUUAAUCCAUAA